GCUUUUAUUAGGAAGACAGAUCAUCAAGCUGAAGUGCCAAGCCCUUUCUGUCUGAGUACUGAGAGCCUGUCCUCCAUGUUUUAUAAGUAUUGACAUAACACUGUGUUAACAAUGCAUCCACAGAGUUUGGCUGAAGAGGAAAUAAAGGCAGAGCAGGAGGUGGUGGAGGGGAUGGAUAUCUCCACUCGAUCCAAAGGUUUGUUUGUAUCUGACGUAGAUCCUGGCUCUGCCGAACGCACUGCACAAAAAAGGAAGUUUCCCAGCCCUCCACAUUCCUCUAAUGGCCACUCACCCCAAGAUGCAUCAACAAGUCCCAUAAAAAAGAAAAAGAAACCUGGUCUAUUGAACAGUAAUAAUAAAGAACAGUCAGAACUAAGACAUGGUCCGUUUUACUAUAUGAAGCAGCCACUCACCACAGACCCUGUUGAUGUUGUACCACAGGAUGGACGGAAUGAUUUCUAUUGCUGGGUUUGUCAUCGGGAAGGCCAAGUCCUCUGCUGUGAACUCUGCCCUCGGGUUUAUCACGCUAAGUGUCUGAAACUGACAGCGGAACCAGAGGGGGAUUGGUUUUGCCCAGAAUGUGAGAAAAUCACAGUUGCAGAAUGCAUAGAAACACAGAGUAAAGCUAUGACAAUGCUCACCACUGAACAACUAUCAUAUUUGCUGAAGUUUGCACUACAGAAAAUGAAACAGCCAGGGACAGAGCCAUUUCAAAAGCCAGUUUCGCUGGAUCAACACCCAGAUUAUGCAGAAUAUAUCUUUCAUCCAAUGGACCUUUGUACAUUAGAGAAGAAUGUUAAAAAGAAAAUGUACGGUUGCACUGAAGCAUUUUUGGCUGAUGCCAAAUGGAUUUUGCACAACUGCAUUAUUUACAAUGGGGGAAAUCACAAAUUGACACAAACAGCAAAAGUCAUCAUCAAAAUCUGUGAGCAUGAGAUGAAUGAAAUUGAAGUGUGUCCGGAAUGUUACUUAGCUGCUUGCCAAAAACGAGAGAAUUGGUUUUGUGAGCCUUGUAGCAAUCCUCACCCUUUGGUCUGGGCUAAACUCAAAGGCUUUCCGUUCUGGCCUGCUAAAGCACUGAGGGAUAAAGAUGGGCAAGUUGAUGCCCGCUUCUUUGGCCAACACGACAGGGCCUGGGUUCCAAUAAAUAAUUGCUACCUCAUGUCUAAAGAAAUUCCUUUUUCUGUGAAAAAGACGAAAAGCAUCUUCAAUAGUGCAAUGCAAGAAAUGGAGGUUUAUGUUGAUAACAUUCGUAGGAAGUUUGGAGUAUUUAAUUACGCACCUUUCCGGACACCGUAUACUCCCAAUAAUCAGUACCAAAUGUUGCUCGAUCCUACAAACCCAACUGCCGGAACUGCAAAGACGGACAAGCAAGAGAAAAUCAAACUGAACUUUGAUAUGACAGCGUCACCGAAGAUUCUCAUGAGCAAACCCAUGCUGAGCAGUAGCACGGGUCGUAGGAUUUCGCUGACAGAUAUGCCGCGGUCGCCAAUGAGUACCAACUCAUCAGUGCACACCGGGUCUGACGUUGAGCAGGAUGCAGAGAAAAAGGCAACUUCCAGCCACUUCAGUGCAAGUGAAGAAUCCAUGGAUUUUAUUGAGAAAAAUACAGCUUCCCCUGCACCAACGAGAACAGGUCAAGCAGGGAGCUUGUCAGGCAGUCCCAAACCCUUCUCUCCUCAAUCGUCAACGCCAAUUUCUGCUAAGCAAGAAAGAACUGCCACUCCAGGAAGCAUUCUGAAUCUGAACCUUGAUCGAAGCAAAGCUGAGAUGGAUCUGAAAGAGCUGAGUGAGUCAGUCCAACAGCAGUCCACUCCUGUGCCACUCAUUUCACCAAAACGACAGAUACGUAGUAGGUUCCAGCUUAAUCUUGACAAGACAAUAGAGAGUUGUAAAGCACAACUUGGAAUAAAUGAAAUAUCUGAAGCUGUUUAUACUGCAGUAGAACACAGUGACUCUGAAGAUUCUGAAAAAUCUGACACCAGUGACAGUGAAUAUAGUGAUGAGGAUCAGAAAUCUAAGAAUGAUCAAGAAGAUGGAGAGGAUAAGGAAGGUACAAGAAGUGACAAAGAAUCAUUAAGCUUGAAAAAAAAACCUAAGCCCCCAGCACAGAAUGAAGAUAAGGAAGAACUUAAAAGCACAAGUCCAGAAGUGGAGAAAGCAGAUGACCCAGUCAAAGAAAAGGCAAUUACAGACACUGAAAAAGAGUUUUCUGAAAAGGGAAAAAGUUUGCAGCAUCCUGCAAAAGAAAAACUGAAAGGUAAAGAUGAGAUGGACUCUCCAACAGUGCAUCUGGGACUGGACUCUGAUUCUGAGAGCGAACUUGUCAUCGAUCUGGGCGAUGAUCACUGCGGGCGUGAAGGACGGAAAAACAAGAAAGAGUCAAAAGAGCCUCCUCCUAAACAAGAUGUUGUAGGUAAAACUCCACCUUCUUCCAGUGCAAGCACCCAGCCCCUGCCAGAAACCCCAGUUCUCACCCGCUCUGCGUCCCAGACUCCACCAGCUGGUGUGACUGCAACUACUAGUGCUACUUCUACUGUUAGUGCUCCAUCUGCAGCCACUGGAAGCCCUGUGAAAAAGCAGCGGCCUCUGCUGCCUAAGGAAACUGCCCCUGCUGUGCAGCGAGUAGUGUGGAAUUCUUCCAAUAAAUUUCAGACAUCUUCUCAGAAAUGGCACAUGCAGAAGGUGCAGAGACAGCAGCAACAGCAGCAGAACCAGCAGUCUCAGUCACAGCAGCCUCAAUCCUCUCAAGGGACAAGAUAUCAGACAAGACAAGCAGUUAAAGCUGUGCAGCAGAAAGAGAUCACCCAGAGCACUUCCACAUCAACUAUAACUUUGGUUACAAGCACUCAACCUAUCUCUAUGGUUACAAGUUCUGGAUCUGCAAAUACACUUUCUUCCUCAGUUAAUACAGACUUGCCAAUCGCAACAGCCUCGGCUGACGUGGCUGCAGACAUUGCUAAAUACACUAGCAAAAUGAUGGAUGCCAUCAAAGGAACAAUGACUGAAAUAUACAAUGAUCUUUCAAAAAAUACCACUGGAAGUACAAUAGCUGAGAUUCGACGUUUGAGGAUUGAAAUAGAAAAGCUUCAGUGGUUACAUCAGCAGGAACUCUCAGAAAUGAAGCAUAAUCUGGAACUGACAAUGGCUGAAAUGCGUCAGAGUCUAGAACAAGAACGGGAUCGCUUGAUUGCUGAAGUGAAGAAGCAGCUGGAAAUGGAAAAGCAGCAAGCAGUGGAUGAAACUAAAAAGAAGCAGUGGUGUGCCAACUGCAAGAAAGAGGCCAUUUUUUAUUGCUGUUGGAACACUAGCUACUGUGACUAUCCCUGCCAACAAGCUCACUGGCCUGAGCAUAUGAAAUCUUGCACGCAGUCAGCUACUGCAACACAGCAAGAAGCCGAUACUGAAAUUAACACAGAAACAUUAAAUAAAUCAUCCCAGCCCAGUUCAAGUGUGCAGCCUACGCCCACGGAAACAGCCAGCACCCCCAAGGAAAAGGACGUUUCAACUGAUAAAAGCAAAGAAAGCGUUACAGACCCAUCAGUGUAGCUUCUGGUCUGGAUCUUUCGAUACAAGUUGCCUUCUGAUAAGCAAUACUGACUGCAGCACUUCCAAGCCCUUCUUACCUGGGGGUUCAGAGGCCAAGCUCAAGACCUGCAUUCAAAUCAACUUACUUUAUCACAACAGACUGCCACUAGGGUACCACAAUGUUCCAUAACACUGAUACAGCAAUCCACCUGGAUCUACAGCUAACGAAGCAGUGUACAAUUCUGAAAUCCUCCAUAUCAUCUACUCUGAUAGUAUUCAGUAGGCAAGGAUGAGCAAACGCUCCAAUAAAAGGGACUUAACAUUGCAUAUAUAGAAAAUGUUUAUAGAGAAGAUUCUGCUUUAUAGGUAGGGCUUGACUAUUAGCAAUUUCAGCACCAUUUUUCUUCUGCCCAUGCAAGAUUUGUUAAAUGAAAAAUUUUAUGGGGGGCUUCUCCUUCAGACCCUUUACUUGAUCCUCUACAUCAGUAGGAGCCUUGUUGUAUUUUAAAAUAUUAAAAGCAAACUAAUUUUGUAGUAUUGUGAUUCCAGCAUGAUGUCUCAUUGAGAUAGUUCUUCUAGAAUUGGGAAGCAUAGUAUAAUAGAGAGCUGUGUUCAUUUCUUGACACUUUUGCUACUGUCUGGUGUUAGAUCUCUGGGCUUGACAUGUCAUCUAAGGGAGUAACUUGGGAAACAGAUUAAAAGAAGGGGUAAAGGAUGUGCUGUCCCACCUGGAUUCUGGGGGGAAGUUCUUUGAACUUCUUUGCUCAGUUGAAGCUCGUAUGUAUUGUCUGUGGCAGUGUGACCUUUGUACUACUGGGAGAAAAGGGGAUCAGAGAAAAUCAAUUGCCUAAAACUUUGGCCAGGGAAUAUUCCAGUUAUCCUAAUCUGGAAUUGCUUUCACAUAGGUAUUCUACCUGAAACAUCAUGCUGUGUACAUUGAUCAUGUUCAUAAUUUGAAUUUUGUUUUAUAAACAAAGAAUUAACCUGUGAAUUCAUUAAGAUACAAAUUUUUAGCACAAACAAAACAUCCAACAUAAAUUUCAUACAGUAAUGGUAAUGACUAGGUGGAAUUCAUGUAAAAGCUGAGACUUUUACUGAGGUUGCCUGUGCUGUCUCUGCAGAUAGCAACAGGUGUGACAAGCAACCAGCCUAUAAAACUGGUCCAGGUACCGCAGAGCACCACCUAUAUUCCAACUACUCAACCCUCAAUUGUAAGUACGAUGUCAUCAUUUAAAGUCUGCAGUAGUGCUGUUCCUGGCAUUAAAAUUGCACAGUAUUUCUGGGGGAUUGUCUCCAUUUGCUGUUCUAAUUAAGAUAUGAAUUCACUGGUGUAGUUUCAGUUUGCAGUGCAAAAUGUCCUAUUUUGCUGUGCAACAUUCCACCCUUCCAUUUCAUCACUGAUUGUUACAAGGAUUCAGGAGCCCUCCUUAAGAACAGCUAAGGCACUGAGGCUAGUCAGACUUCCAUUUUACAUUAUUGUGUUAGUUAUUUCUGUUUCAUGUAUAUACUUGAACACAACGUCAAUGUAAAUAUAUAGAAUUCAUUUAAAGUAUCUUUUAAAUAUCUUUUUUGUCUAUGGUAUUCUAAAGAGAUUCAAUGAGUUCUCAGCUAUGCUUGAUAUUUCCGUGGCAUCUCAGUAACUAUGAAAGAAAAGUAUGCAUUCAUCAGUAGUGUAUCUCCCAUGCAGUCUUGCACACUAGCGUGAAACUGAGAAAUAGCAUUGAAUUCAGACCUGUUUUUUUCCAUUGAAAACUUAACCAAGGACACUUGAAUGCCCUUUUAUCAGUCACUGGAGAUGGGACGGCAGUGAGGUUUGUUUUCUUUAUUUUGCAUACCAUAAUAUCACAUUCUUUCAGUGUGAUGUUCAUUCAUGUUCUGCAGUGUUCGCUUCACUGUCAGCGUGGCACCUGAGCUGACCUCUUACCAAAAAGAAAAUUGCUGAUGCUGCACUGGUAGCUGACCCGCAUGCCUUGUCUCGAGCGGUGGGCUCAGCUGAGCAGCCCAUGUUUAGGUCACUACAGUUAAUUUUCUUACUGAAGCUAGAUAAUAGCAGUUCAGUUUUGAUGUUGUGACUGUGAGGCCCAAUCAGCUCAGUCACUGUCCUCCUUUUGCUUUGUUUACACACAUGGACGUGCGUGCACCCCCACCAGCUGCAACGUUCACACACCUGUGUGCAGGAAUGCAUGCACCUCCACACACACUGCAGUGUUUCAUAGCCAUCACAUUCGACAGAAAAAAUGUACUGCUUGUAGUGGAUAUCAUGACUUGUCACAUUCCUAAGCAUUUGUACUCAACUCGUUUGUCUCGACUGAGAGCACAGUGCACCUUUGCAGGAUUGGCCCUAAGUCGUUUGAACUGAAUUGUCGUAACAAGGCUUUGUGUGUUUGCAAUCAAAUAGCAAGCUUCAAAGAAGUUAGGCUCUCUCGUGCAUAGUUGAGAGGUUCUAAGAUCAUAAGGUGGUUUCAUGUAACAUUCAGAAUAACGGCAGUAACCUUCAUCAGUUUUCUGUUAUACAAAGUGUUGAGUAAUGUGAAGCGUAAGUGGAACGUCUGAAGGUUUCAACCUUUAUUUGUGCAUGUUUGAAACGUUGUACACAUUUGCAUUAGCCUUGCACAGCUACAGACACCUCUGUACUCUAAUGACUGCACGUGCAAUUUAAAUAAUUUUAAACCUUAAUGCAUGUUUAAUAUGUAUGCAAAAUGUACAAAUGUGAAAAGCUGGCAGAGGUGGAAGAUUUACCUCUCAGGGAAUGAUCCUAACGCAUUUAAGGAGUCUUGCACAUUCCAUAUCCCGAUCACUCUAAUAACUGAAACUUAAUUUUCUCAUUUGUGUAAGUGUGUACAUGUAAAAGACAGCUGUGGCAACCUUAAUUUUCCUACCUGUAGUGCUAACAGUGAUGUACACAGUGGCUUCUUUAGAGUUCAAUUUGCACUUUGUUUCGCACUAGGCAUUUCCUCCCUCUGCACAGCUUUCAGUGUAUCUUCUGGGUGCCGUUUCCACUGAACCCUCUUUACACCUCUGAAACCAUUAUCAAAUGACUUUAACCUUGAACUUAUUCAGAGAACUGAUUUCACAUUUGGUUUUUAUUCUUUCUGCAGUUGAAAUGUCGUAAACAUUUAAAUUCAUCAUCUUUGCAUUCCAGGGAAUGGAAUCAGUAGGCUUCUGGAAGGCACAGAUUUUGUCACAAAGGAGCUGACCAACACUAGGCUGUAAUCCAUCUCAGCAGGGACACUCUCAGUCUUUCCUGAAUACCAUCAAGGCACUGAUGUGGUUUCUUAAAUUUAUGGGGGGAAACACAGGGCUCCGGUGAAGUUGUGUGUUGUUCUUCCACGUUUGCUUUGGAAGCCUACAGUAACCUUAGGGGGAGUCCUGGGAGUCCCUUCCACAUUUCUCAAAUUCUCACUCCUUGUUUCUUCCACAAAACGUUGUGAGCUGAAAUGGAUGCAUCUGUUGGGUCACCAGUUGGCCAUCGCUGGCGUUGUAUCAAAACACACUUGCAGUUUGUGUGGCAUAAACGUUUCUAAGCUUUCUCACGUUUUUGUAGGAAGGUUAAGAUACAGACUUAAGAUUCAAUAAAUCCUUUUCCGGAUGUUCCAGAGUGACGUGACGUUGACCAGAUUGUUUAACAUUCUUGUGCCUUUGUCUCUGCAUCCGUAGAACCCAUUUCUACCCAUAGAGAUGUCCUGAAACUUCAUUUGUUAAGAUUUAUAGAUCAUAAUCUGUAUGAUGGAAGUGAAAAGUUUAUUCUAUAUUAGUAUUUUUACAGGCAGUGUAAGACAAUUCCCAGUAAUGCUGGCGUUUUUGUUACCAAUUUGUGCAAAAGUUUAAGAACCUUUUUGUUUAAAUGGAUGUUCUCUGUUCUCUUCUGUGUAGACUGAACGCAUGGGGGAGUUCCUUUGAGGGGUGGGGGGGAAGACGUAAGGGAUAUGCUUAUAAACAAGGGUAUUUUUGUACUCCAGGUUGAUUUGUUGGAACUUUUUCAAAUGACAGAGGAUUUUCUUAGCCCUUUUUCCUCUUCCUGUGAAUUUAUUUGGGGAAAAUACAUAACUGGAUGUAGGAGCUUUGAAAACCUAAUUCUCCAAGCAUAGGUAGAGCAUGCACGUUACCUAUAGGAACAGCUGGUCCCAGUAAUUAUAAAGUAACAAUUACAGAGAAAAAAAAAAACAAAAAACCCUCUUGGCUACAGGAAAGUAAUAUACUACUUUCUGCCUUGGUAAUAUUUUGGUAAUUAAGGUAUAAAUCCUUGCACAAAAUUGGAGCUUGUUCUGGAUUUUCCCUGGACAAUAAAUCUCUGUUUCUGUGGUCAUGCUGAUAUGACCUUUAACAUAACAAUAUGUUUCUCUUGGUUUUAAUCCACAGACCAUUCCUGUAGUGGUAAGUCCUUCUGCUGGGACAGUGGCAAUGAGAACUGGAGUUCAGUAUGUUCAGACCACAAUGCCAGUCCAAGUACGAAGAGUCUAACUGCUAACAAGAAGUCCAUACAAUUGUUGGAAUAUAUAAAUCUAAUAGAAAUGUGAAAAAUAAACACAGUUCUUUGGAUUAACCUCAAAGGUUCAGACUUAAGCUUUGUAUAAAUGCACAAAGCAUUAACUACACUACAUUAAUGUAAAGCAUUAGCGCUGGCUUAGAAAAGCUGAGGACAGGUAAGAUCCGUGUCAAAUCUCUGCCUCUUUUGUAAAUAAUGUACAAUUUGUGGAUGUCAUUAAAGUUAGAGUACCAUCUCCUUUUUAUAUUUGUAUUGACUUUAACUUAUAAAGAGUGUUUGAAGUUGGAAAGGAAAGGUUUAAAGCAGCCUUAUCACAAGCUAACGCUGAAAACUGGUCUGAGAAAAUGGCAGUAAUGCAUCAAAUAAUAAAACCUGAAGGAUCUGAACAACUCCAUUUGCUUUUGGAUGGGAACAAUUUCUGCACUUUGAAACUCUUGUAGAAUUUCAACCAAAUGAUGAAGGCUAUCUUUCUUUCUGUUAAUUGCAUUAGGCCAAUUAUGGCAUUUCCCAUCUGCGGACCUGAGAUAUAUAAAGAUUUACGUUGUUUUUUACAGUGACCAGACUGUUAAAAUUGUUUACAAGAAACAAGUUAAAACUUUAUUCAGAUUGGUAUCUGAACAGUUGCCAAGUGUAACACCGGCUUGUUGGGUAGGGCAGCAUCGCUUCUUAUCGUUGAUAGCACAGAUGAGGGUUGUUUUUCCUGUUCUUCACAGUUCAAUUUUCUUCCUUUUUUUUUUUUUUAAUUUGAAUCCUCUGAAAAGGACUAUGAAAAGCUUUUCACGUGGAACAAGAGCUAGGGGGUGGAGAAAAGCAUGGAUCAGGAAACAUGGGCAAAGGACUUCUGAUGCUGGGCCAGAGCAUGUAUUAUUUAUAUGAUGGAAUUUAUGUUUUUAUGUAAGCAUGAAACAGUAUGAGAGAAAGUAACCCCUGAAAAUGCUGUCUGUUACACUUAUACUGUAGUACCAUUUUGUAUGUUGUGUAAAACGAAAGCAUUGAACAAAGCAAAGGUGAUGUAUGUAUAUGAGAAAAUUAAUGUAUGAUAUCAUUCCAGUACAUUCUGUUGUACAUUUCAGUCAUGUUGAUUUUUCCCAUUGUUUAUAAAAGAAUGCGGUCUGUACAGUCUCCAGCUAGAACCCGUAUUAGAGGGAAAAGUAUUAGAAGCAAAAGGCGAGAACAAUAUUCGUGAAUUGCAGUUGUGUCAAAAAUAGCCUAGCUGGCCUUAUUUGUGAAGCAUAAUUGCUUUUAGCAUAUGGAAGUAUUUUUUCACAUUUUCUUUGUAUAAAAUUUGUAUUAAACUUAAAUAUCUUUUUUGAAAAUUGUGUUUCUUUGUGACUGAGAGUGGCACAUGGUAUGCUUUGGGUUUCUCCGGUGUUUCAAGAAACUGCACAGCUUUUUAUUAAACAGUUUUAGAAAAGCG